AUGAAGGAGAUGGUAGGAGGUUGUUGCGUGUGUUCGGACGAGCGGGGCUGGGCGGAGAAUCCGUUAGUCUACUGCGAUGGACACGCGUGUAGCGUCGCUGUCCAUCAAGCUUGCUAUGGCAUCGUCCAGGUGCCCACCGGACCCUGGUUCUGCCGGAAAUGUGAGUCACAGGAGCGAGCCGCCAGGGUGAGGUGUGAACUGUGCCCACACAAAGAUGGGGCAUUGAAGAGGACGGACAAUGGAGGCUGGGCCCAUGUGGUGUGUGCCCUCUACAUCCCCGAGGUACAGUUUGCCAAUGUGCUCACCAUGGAACCCAUUGUCCUACAGUACGUCCCCCACGACCGAUUCAACAAGACUUGUUACAUCUGUGAGGAGCAGGGCCGGGAGAGCAAGGCAGCUUCAGGAGCCUGCAUGACCUGUAACCGACAUGGCUGUCGGCAAGCCUUCCAUGUCACCUGUGCUCAGAUGGCUGGUCUGCUAUGUGAGGAAGAGGUCUUAGAAGUGGACAACGUCAAAUACUGUGGCUACUGCAAAUACCACUUCAGCAAGAUGAAGCCAUCGAGGCACUCCAGUGGAGGAUCAGGGGGAGGCAACAGCGGCUUCAUCGCUGGCCGGAGAAGUCAAUCAGCCUCACCAUCCUCUCAGGAGAAGCAUGGCUCCCACCAUGAGAGAGGCCCGAAGAAGAGUCGGAAGGACAAGGAUCGGCUUAAACAGAAGCACAAGAAGAGGCCUGAGUCUCCCCCGAGAAUCCUUACUCCUCCUGUGCCCCCCGUCACUGACAAGGGCUCCUCUUCCUCUUCCUCCUCCUCUCACCACGAGGGCAGUGCCCGGGAGCCCCCUGAAGGCAGCAGGGAUGCCAAAGGGAAGAAGUCUUCCAGCCACAGCCUCAGCCACAAGGGCAAGAAGUUGAGCAGUGGGAAAGGUGUGGCCAGCUUCACCUCUGCCUCCUCCUCUUCCUCCUCCUCUUCUUCUGGAGGACCCUUCCAGCCCACAGUCUCCUCCCUCCAAAGCUCCCCAGACUUCUCAUCUUUCCCCAAACUGGAGCAGCCUGAGGAGGAGAAGUACCCCAAGACAACACCCCCUGGGCCACCAGCCCCUGUCUCACCCCCUGCCUCUGAGCCCCCCAAGGCUGAUGUCUUUGAACAGAAGGUGGUGUUUUCUGGAUUCGGCUCCAUCAUGCGCUUCUCCACAUCCGCUUCGGGCACAGCUCGGGCCAGGGUGCCAUCUCCAGGAGAGUACAAGGCCCCCCAUAUCCCUGGGGGAGGCGUUGGGCCUGGCAGCCACAAGAGGAUGCCCUCACUGAGUGCUGCCUCAGAGGAAGUGGUUGAGGGCCUGAAGGAGAAGAAACAUAAAGGGAGCAAGAAGAAUCGACAUGGGCCUGGAAGGCCCAAGGGGAGUAGAAACAAGGAGGGAGUGGGAGGGCCCUUGGCACCAUCCCUCCCUGGGGCCCAGCUGGCUGGCUUCACUGCCACAGCAGCUUCACCCUUCUCAGGGGGUUCACUGGUCAGUUCCGGUGUGAACAACGCCUCUGCUUCCCGGGCCUUUGGACACCAAGCAGCCCUUCCCAGCCUCAGCCUUGAGUCUCCACUGCUUGGGGCAGGGAUCUACACCAGUAACAAGGACCCCAUCUCGCACGGUGGUGGGGUCCUUAGGGCUGUGUGCAGCACACCCCUCUCCUCCAGCCUCUUGGGCCCCACAGGCACCUCAUCUCUACCCCAGCUCAGCCGCUCACCCUUCGCCAGCACCCUCCCUGCCUCGUCUGCCUCCAUCUCCACCACCCAGGUGUUUUCUUUGGCCGGCUCUACCUUCAGCCUUCCUUCUUCCCACAUCUUUGGCACCCCCAUGGGCUCCGUUAACCCGCUGCUCACGCAGGCAGAGAACAGCCGAACAGAGCCUAGCCUGGAGGACUGCGGCUUCGGCUGCCGGGGCACGUCUCCCCAAGAGAGCCUGUCAUCUAUGUCACCCAUCAGCAGCCUGCCCACGCUCUUCGACCAAACGGCACCCUCGGCUCCCUGUGCCAGCAGCCAGCUGGACCCCGCAGCCCAGGGCACGGCCAACAUGGAGCAGCUGCUGGAGAAGCAGGGCAACGGCGAGGCCGGAGUCAACAUUGUGGAGAUGCUGAAAGCCCUGCACUCGCUGCAGAAGGAGAACCAGAGACUUCAGGAGCAGAUCAUGAGCCUAACAGCAAAGAAGGAGCGACUCCAGAUCCUCAACGUGCAGCUCUCAGUGCCCUUCCCCGUGGUACCUGCUGGGGUGCCCACUGCCAAUGGGCCCACCCCCCAGGGUCCCUACUGCUUGCCGCCCAAUGCUGGCAGCAGUGACUCCCUAAGCACCAGCAAAAGCCCUCCCGGCAAGAACAGCUUUGGCCUGGAGAAUUCUCUCUCCAUGUCUUCCGAGGACCCUCACUCUGGGUGCCCAAGCCGAAGCAGCUCCUCACUGUCCUUCCACAGCACACCUCCACCCUUACCCCUCCUGCAGCAGAGUCCAGCUACCCUGCCCCUGGCCCUGCCUGGCCCCCCAGCCCCUCAGCAGCCACAGUCACAAAACGGGCUAGGCCGGGGAGCCGGAGGAGUUGGCUUAGGGACUGUUUCCAUGGCCGAUGGCCUUCUCGGAGGUCUGGCAGGGGGAGGGACACUGCCCCUCAAUGGACUUUUGGGCGGGCUUAAUGGGGCUGUGGCGCCUCCAACACCCACCGGCCUAAACCAGGGAAGCGGAACGCCAACAAUGCAGCUACCAGGGGGCCUCAGCAGCCUGACGGAACAGCAGAGACACUUCCUCCAGCAGCAGGAACAGCAGCUCCAGCAACUCCAGCAGCUUCUGACCUCGCCCCAGCUGACCCCGGACCACCAGACUGUCGUGUACCAGAUGAUCCAGCAGAUCCAGCAGAAGCGGGAGCUGCAGCGGCUGCAGAUGUCUGGAGGCUCCCAGCUCCCCAUGGCCAGCCUGCUGGCAGGCGGCACGGCCCCUCUGCUGCCCUCAGGCACCCCCAGUCUCCUGCCCUCAGCAGCCGCCCCACCCCUGCUGCCCGCGGGCUCCCUGGUGGCUCCGGCGCUGGGCACUGGCACCACCCUCAUGGCGGCGGCAGCAGGCGGGCCCCCUGUCCUCACCGCCCAGACCAACCCCUUCCUCAGCCUCCCCGGGGCGGACAACAGCGGGCAGAAAGGAGGGGUGGGUACCGUGCCCUCUGGGGUCCCCUCUCACCCUUUUCCCCCUGGCACUCUGGAGGGUCGAGUUGUAGCCACAGCAGAAGGAAGCAGGAAGAAAAAGCCAGCAGGGUAGAGAAGUGCCAGCCCAGUGGUCACCAGUCUAGGCCUGGCCCAGGUGGGCUGAGGUUGGAGCUUCUCCUCCCUCUUUUCACAGCUCACAUUUAGGGUCACAGUUUCCCUUGCUCCUGCUCCAGAGGAGUCACAGAUCAGCCCAGCUUUCUCUGACUAGAGGCUGGGUGGUUAAAGGGUGUCAAAGGGACUGCGGCAGGAAAGGGGACCAGGGUGCAGGAGGAGGUGGAGAUCACCUCCUGCUAACGCCCCAGUCUUGUCUCCUCUCCUCUCCUUCCAGAGCGGUGACAAAGGAUCCUCAUGCAACCAGGAAAAAGGCUAAACCAACCCCUCCCCCUCCCCGCCCCAGGGGGGCUUCAGGGGAAGCCCGGCCCCAGAGCGGGCCCAGCCGAGAGCAGGCGCCUGUGCUCAGACACUGGAAAGCCCUGGCAUAAAGGAGGUGGGAACGGGUCUCACCCAUCCCAUGCUGAGAUCCUGCCACCAGCCUGGCCAAAGGACUAAGCAGGGUUUUUAUCAGGGGGGGAGCCCAGAGAGAGAUGGGGCAGAGAGAUGAGUCUGUCGCUCCUCCCCCAGUCAGGAGGUUCAGCUCCAACUUAUCCGUAUCCUUUGCAAUUUUAAUAUUUUGAGGCCAGCCCCACUUCUUCCCUGCUCCCUCCAUCACCCCUCUCCGUGCCUCCACAUCCCACUGGCCCCUUGGCUAGGGAUCUAGAAG